GGAGUGGUGUGAGGAGUUGGUAUACAAUUGUGGCUGCGUCCACAAUAUGGUUGUAUCUCUUGUUCGUAUCAGUAUUUGCCCUCCACUGUGACUACAGUAUAGAAUAUAUGGUCACCACUUGCUGGAUGGCACUGUCUGCUAAUUGAGGUUGGGUUUUCAUGACUUCAUAGAUAUAGAGUGAAGCAAGCAUAUAGGUAUCCAAUUUAUUCCCGAUAAGAGGGUGAGGGUACAGGAGCGCAGCCAAUAAAGUAAGAUUAUUGAACAUUUGAUUAAAAAAGCAGCAAUGGCAGCGGCAGCGAGUGUCAGAAUGUACAGCUGCGAUGGAUAGAAAUAAUGUGAAUAUGUGUAGGUAAGAGAAAGAGAAGGAGCAACAUUGAGAAGUGAAGAGAAAUGCGCGUCGACGAGGUGUAAAUGUAGCAGACGGUAGGACUACAGUAACAAGGAGUAAGCUUUGAAGUAAAGAGUGUAUCGCGGAAGCAAGCAUUAAGGUGGAAAGAAACCUUACUACUUUUUUGGAAACAACAGCGAGAGUGUGAAGGACAAACAUUGUGAAGUUCGUGUCGCAAGGGCCGUCGUUGCGAUCGCUUUCUGCUGCUACUGCUGCUGGCCAUCUUGGCGAGAUAGGUAUGCCGUAUCGCGGAAGCGACGAGCAUCAACAACUAACAGUGCCAGUGCCAACAGCAGAUCUUUGAUCGCUGUUGAGCACGGUUUCGUGUGUUCCCGUAGUUGUGGUUGUCGACCGGGCUACUGAUUUAGGGACGAUUGACCAACGAUCAAGAUGAAUCGUGCAGACGGCCUGGUACAACGACGUCGUGGCACAGCAAGCGCCAACGGAUCCGGCAACCAGGAAACCUCGGGGGAGGCCCAAGGUGCACAUUCCGAGCGACAGUCUCCUCAGGAUUUGGAUGGCUCUUCUGUCAAAGAUUUUAACUCCAAUCCGGCUCUCGAUGAUGACAGUGACAAGGAAACAAGGCUCACUCUUAUGGAAGAGGUUCUCUUACUGGGUCUUAAAGAUAAAGAGGGCUAUACCUCAUUCUGGAAUGACUGUAUAAGCUCAGGAUUGAGAGGUUGUAUUUUAGCAGAACUUGGACUUCGAAACCGUGUAGAACUCGAAAAGGCUGGCAUGAGAAAAAGGGGAUUAUUAACAAGAAAACUGCUAUUGAAAAAUAAUGCGCCUACUGGUGAUGUCUUGUUGGAUGAGGCAUUAAAGCACCUCAAAGAAACUGAUCCUCCGGAAACAGUACAAAGUUGGAUAGAAUAUUUGAGUGGAGAAACAUGGAACCCAUUAAAAUUACGUUAUCAGUUAAAAAAUGUUCGAGAAAGGCUUGCAAAAAAUCUUGUUGAAAAAGGAGUUUUAACAACAGAAAAACAAAAUUUCCUUCUUUUUGAUAUGACUACUCACCCAUUAACAGAUAACCUUGCGAAAACUCGACUAGUGAGAAAGAUUCAAGAUGCAGUGUUGAGUAGAUGGGUAAAUGAUGCAGGUCGAAUGGAUCGACGCACGUUGGCAUUGAUAAUUCUUGCACAUGCAGCAGACGUCCUCGAAAAUGCAUUCGCGCCUUUGUCAGAUGAUGACUAUGAGGUAGCAAUGCGCCGAGUAAGAACGUUACUUGACCUUGAUUUUGAAUCCGAAGCAACAAAAUCUAAUGCCAAUCCGGUCCUCUGGGCUGUUUUUGCAGCUUUUACCAAGUAACACCUUUUUAUUAAUCGAUGAUGCUAUGAAAUCUUUUCUGAGACAAGAAAAGUAUAUUACGAAGUGCAAUCAUGGAUAAAACAAGUUCGGCUUACGAACCAAUUAAAUUAACACUACGUAAAGAAAGUUGCUUCUUUAAAACUCAUUCAAAGAUUUGUUUAAAUCAAAAUAAUAUUCAAUAGCAGACUUCGUUUUGGAAGUUCUUUCGAACGCAGAGAAACACUAUUAAAAUUACCAAAUGGUUAAUCCUUAAUUAAAACAAAAAAAAUUUCAUCAUUCGAAAUAUACUGUACGAUGUAAUUUUCAAUAACGUGUAAUGUAUUAUAUAUGAAGUUCAUACAACUUUGAGUAAUUAUUUGUUUCUGCAGUUUAGCAAAAAAUUAAAUCAUUUUUUAAUAUUAACGAAGCUUGUAAUUGCCGUCGAUUGAUUUGACUAUUGUUGUGUACAGUUUUUAUUAUCUAAAUCUGGUUAAAUAUUUCAGUAUCAGGGAUUAGUAAAAAUCAAAAUUGUUAUUAUGUUGAUUCUCUUAUUUUCUUAAUAUAAAGAAAUUUUGAAAUAUCUCUGCGACCAAUAAUUUGUUUUAUAACUAGAAUUGAUACCUUUUGCUACAAUUCUUGUAAGUGAUGAGGAAAAAAUUCCAGUGACUAUUUUGUUUGAACAAUAGUUGGAACAUAUAACAUUUCAUGAACUAUUAAAAAAAUUAAGUUUAAUUCAAAUAUGUCAGUCAGCAUUCAAUUUAUGACGUCGUGUAUUUAUAGUUGAUUUUUCGAAACUGCACGUUAUUUUUAUUCAAAUGAAUAGGAUUGCCAUUUUUGAUAAUUUAACGAUUUUUAUGGGAUAUCGGCAAUUACAUGUAUGAAUGUCACACUAAUGCACAAGUUUCAAAUGAUAACGUUUUUUAUUUCAUUUUAUAUUGAAUUUGAAUUUUAGUAUUUUUAAAUUGUCAAAUAUUAUUCCUAGAGAAAUUGGUCGUUAUAGAAAUAUUUUAAUUUUUAACUUUUUAUACAUUGAUUCAAAAAAUAUAAUAAUUGGAUUUUAAGGGAUAUAGAAAUCAAAUGUGAAAUAAUUGUCAAGUAUUUGAAAAAAUACAAAAAGGAACUUGAAAAUUAAGCUUAUACAUUUUGAAAAUCAUUGUCAGAGAUAUUAUGAUGAAUUAUUGUAAAAAAAUAUCAGUUAAUGUAAAUGUUAGGUUCAAUGUCGACCUCUUCAUUCGGAAUAGAAGUAAUUGUACAAAAGUUUACAUAAAAAAGAUAUAUAAUAUACUUACGAGUAAAGGUUACUUAUUACAUUAUUACUAUUAUUAAAU